AUGCAGACUGUUGAACUCAGGGUUGGCAUGUCAUGUGAGGGAUGUGUUGGAGCUGUUAAGCGGGUUCUUGGCAAAAUGGAAGGUGUUGAGUCCUUCGAUGUAGACAUCAAGGAGCAGAAGGUCACUGUGAAGGGUAAUGUGACGCCGGAUGCUGUUCUGCAGACUGUUUCGAAGACAGGCAAGAAGACGGCGUUCUGGGAGGCUGAACCCUCAGCGGCAUCUGCUGUUUCGUCCUAAAAAGGCACCUCUAUAAUAUGUAAACUGUGAGGUUUGAUGUAGCAAUGGCCCAGUUGAAAUGCUUUGCAAGGACAUGAUUUUCUGGUGGGACGGUGGUAUGUGCACCAUGAAUUUACUGCAAAUAAUAGCAAACUGGUAAUUUGUUUGUGCACAUCUUAUGGUUGGCAUUCCUGCGCUGUAAAUCUGUGAUAAUUCGGGGAAGAAAUUGAAUUGCAA